AUGAAAGCUUCAUAUACGGCGGCACGCAUAGUUACAUUAACCAACAUAAAUGUCAUUGCAAUCGGGCCGUUGAUUGCUACAAGCAACUCAUUUGGUGGUGACUUGGAUAACGAGGACAAGAAUUAUCUUCAAUGGUUGGACUCAAAGCAAGAAAAAUCGGUUGUGUACAUUCCAUUUGGUAGUUUGGUGGUGUUGAGCAAUGAGCAAAAGGUAGAGAUUUUGAAAGGACUUGUGGAGAGAAAGAGGCCGUUUUUGUGGGUAGUUAGGUCACUAGAUAGUGAGGAGGAGGAAGUGAAGAAUAUGUUUGAACAAGAAAUUAGAAAUUGUGAUGGUAUGAUACUGACAUGGUGUUCACAAACAGAAGUGUUGAGUCAUAAGUCUAUAGGGUGUUUUGUGACGCAUUGUGGGUGGAAUUCGACUCUUGAAGGUCUGGUCAGUGGGGUCCCGUUGAUUGGGUGCCCACAUUAUUCUGACCAGACGACGAAUGCUAAGCUUGUGGAAGAUGUGUGGGGGAAUGGGGUUAGAGCAAGAAUGAAUGGAGAAGUUGUCAUGAAAAGAGAAGAAUUAGGGAAAUGUUUGGAUGUUGUGAUGGGUGAGGAAGAAAGAGGUAAAGAGAUUAGAAAAAGGGCUUGGUUGUUGAGAGGCAUGGCCAUGGAUGCUGUCAAAGAUGGUGGGUCUACCUACAAUAAUUUGAGGAAGGUUAUUGACACUUCUUGA